AUGGACCCGGCAAGUGCAACACACGUUCAUGAUGAUCAACAGGUUAUGACUGCCCAAACUGCACAGCCAACUCCGCGGCACGCGGGUCAGCUGCUUAUGGAGGGAGAAGUUGCAGGGCCUGACUAUGAUGGUGCCAGGCGGCCUCGGCCAGCCGUUUCGCUGCCUUUGCCGAAUGGUGUCCCUUCGACGGCUGUGCAACGACCUCCUGUGGAUGGUGUUGAGUUGGACUCACUGAAUGGGUCGCCUUGGGCUGCUGGGAUGGCGCAUGCAGACACCAGUGUUUUCGCCUACUACGUUUUCGUGGGUUUCGAGACUUGGGGAGUUUCUGAGGACGCAUGCCUACCUCACCUCAGCAUAGACGUGGUUUAUCUUCCGAUCUCCUUCCUGUCUCCAGUGGAGAUGGACCGCGAGGGGAAGUUGACCCUCCGCUAUUUGGACCGGGAGCUCGUCGGAUGA